CGGGGCUUAAACUGUGUUGGGAAGCCACAGGGAAGAUGACCGAAUGGAUAGAGACAGAAAGCUAGAAGGAGGGAAAAUGAAUUAAGUCACUACUUUGAUAUUUCAUAUUAUUGUGUCCCUUUCUCCGUCAGGGGACUCAGACGCUUACAAGGAUAAUGGGAACUCAACCCGAGCAUCUCAUGUGGACAGCUAACCUACCCGCCCCGCCCCUCCAGGAGUAGUACGAUUUAUCCGGAAUAGGCGGAGCUUCCGGUUCCGGUGGGGCAGUCUGUAGCGAAGGAGAUGGCGGCGACAGCAGCGGAGGCCGUGGCCUCGGGCUCUGGAGAACCCCGGGAAGAAGCUGAAGCCCCCGGCCCAGCCUGGGAUGAGUCCCAACUGCGCAAUUAUACCUUCCCGACCCGGCCCAUCCCGCGUCUGAGUCAGAGCGACCCCCGGGCGGAGGAACUUAUCGAGAAUGAGGAGCCUGUGGUGCUGACAGACACAAAUCUUGUGUAUCCUGCUCUGAAAUGGGACCUUGAAUAUCUGCAGGAGAACAUUGGAAACGGAGACUUCUCUGUGUACAGUGCCAGCACCCACAAGUUUUUGUACUACGAUGAGAAGAAGAUGGCUAAUUUCCAGAACUUUAAGCCCAAGUCCAACAGGGAGGAAAUGAAAUUUCAUGAGUUUGUUGAGAAACUGCAGGAUAUACAGCAGCAAGGAGGGGAAGAGAGGUUGUAUCUGCAGCAAACGCUCAAUGACACCGUGGGCAGGAAGAUUGUCAUGGACUUCUUGGGUUUUAACUGGAACUGGAUUAAUAAACAACAGGGAAAGCGUGGCUGGGGACAGCUGACAUCCAACCUGCUGCUCAUUGGCAUGGAAGGAAAUGUGACACCUGCUCACUAUGAUGAGCAGCAGAACUUCUUUGCCCAGAUAAAAGGCUACAAGCGAUGCAUUUUAUUCCCUCCGGAUCAGUUUGAAUGCCUGUACCCAUAUCCUGUUCAUCACCCAUGUGACAGACAGAGCCAGGUGGACUUUGACAAUCCUGACUACGAGAGGUUCCCCAAUUUCCAGAACGUGGUUGGUUAUGAAACAGUGGUUGGCCCUGGUGAUGUUCUUUACAUCCCAAUGUACUGGUGGCAUCACAUAGAGUCAUUACUAAAUGGGGGGAUUACCAUCACUGUGAACUUCUGGUAUAAGGGGGCCCCCACCCCUAAGAGAAUUGAAUAUCCUCUCAAAGCCCAUCAGAAAGUGGCCAUAAUGAGAAACAUUGAGAAGAUGCUUGGAGAGGCCUUGGGGAACCCACAAGAGGUGGGGCCCUUGUUGAACACAAUGAUCAAGGGUCGAUACAACUAGCCUGCCAGGAGUCGAGGCCUCCUGCCAGGUGACUGCUAGCCCGUCCACACCGCUUCAUUGAUGAGGACAGGAGACUCCAGGCGCUAGUAUUGCACGCUGCACUUAAUGGACUGGACUCUUGCCAUGGCCCUGGAGGCAGGUGUUUGGGGCAAGGCAGGGUGGUUGGCACUCCACUCCCAUUUGGAGGGACUUCUUACCCUUGCCUCUGUGCCCCAGCAUCUUCCCUCUCUGCCCCCUAAGGUCCUGCAUUCAGUGUGUGGAGUCCCAGCUUCUGGUUGUCAUCACAUCUGUGUGUGUCAGUCUGUCACCCUCAGGAUGUGUGUGCGUGUGUGUGCAUGCACACGCAUGUAUGUAUCUGUUUCUUGCUUUCUCCUGGGUCAGGAUGGCGCUGCUGGCUCUCAGCCCUGUCUCCUGCAACCUCAGUGCCUCAGCCUGAGAGAGAGGAGAUGGUCUUGGACGCCCACCACACCUGGGCUGCAGGGCCAGAGCUCUCCUGACCAUCAGGGCAGUCUGCCUCCUUCCAGUUUUCACAGAGUUAGGCUCUAGGCUGGGUGGGAAUGGCCACUGGGACUCUUCGUGGGGAAAGUGAGAGGGAGGUUUGCCUCUAUGAGCCUAGGUAGGCUUCCUGUGAGAGAAUUAGACAAGGUUCUGACUCGGACCUUUAAGCUCAAGCCAUACAUAGAAAACAGCCUUGGGAUACGAGAACCAAGGAUUAUGUAUAAGUUCCAAAUUGCAGACACAUACAGCUUCUCUCUUUCAGCACCAGCUCUUGGCUCCCUGUGCUGAGUACCAAGGGAGUCCUCCUGUAGUGGCUUCUCUAGGUUCUAGGGGUAUAAGCCUCUGUGGAUGUGUGUGUGGUGUGUGUGUGCAUGCGUGUGUGUGUCCACACUGGCCUGCCUCUCUGCUUACCAGAUUUCUCCACUGCUUAACCUUGUCCAGUGGGACAGACAGUGUGAGCCCCAGGGAAGUACCGCCUGACCUAGCCUAAAGGUUUUACACUUAGUUUUAGCCAUUGGACACUCUUCGGGUCUCACUGCAAACUGCCUGAGGCUGACUGGCUAGAGCAUCCAGGCCCUGUGACCCUCACUCCCCAGGCCACGUCCUCUUCUGCAGUCCUUCCUGGCUGAGUAGAUGAAAUGGGGUCAAGCUUAGGCAGUUAACUUGCCACUGUCAUCCACCUCAGGGCAAGGACAAAAAUGUAGCCUUGCCUCUUAAAGCCAGCGCCUCUGCCAGACCCCACUGUAAUGUUCCACAAACACUCUUGAAAGUCAGGGCAACCGAUGGAGCACAGAAGUGGAAUUUUUUUUUUUUUUUCCUGUUCAUUGUUACUUGUGGGAACCCCUGUCAGGGCUGCAGCUUAUAGCUGGGCACUGCACCACUUGAAGGGCCAUCAGUCACAUGACUCAGUGGAACUGGGGCCCCUGGAAUUGGGCAGUGUGGUGGCCCUGUGUCUUCUCACCUCCAGUCCCAUCUCCAUGCCCCUUCUUCCUGGAAGGAAAGAGGAGCUGGAGUUGGAAAACUGAUUUUAUCCCCCCCCCCCCUUUUUUUUUUGCCAAAGGUUUACUUUCAGUGUCUGAGCUGUGGCUCUAAGUCCCGAAGCUCAGUUUACAGUUACAGCGCACUGAUGGACUGAGAGGGUGUGUGUAUGUGUGUGUGCAUCUGUGUAUGUAUUUUGGGGAGGGGCGUCUAUGUGUAGUGCCCCAUUCUGGGGUUCUCUGAUGCAGCGUGGGUGCGCAAACACGGUACCUUCUCAAGUGUAGUUCUUUCAAAUAUAGCCAAUGCUGGAAAAUAUGAUUGCAGUGAUCUCCAUCCCUCUGUCUCUUUUGGGAAAGAGGAGCGCAGCAAAGAAAAUAAGGCAGACAGAUGAUAAACUUGACCACAGUCAAACUUUGAAAGAUUAUUUUCAUUCUCCUUAGCAGGUCUGCUGCAUUCCUGGCUCAGCCCUCAAAGAUGAGGGUGACGUACGGCAGGAGGCAUGUGCCCCUCAGCUGGUCCUUGCUGGGUGCUGUGCUGACACAGGUCUGACCUAAGGCUACCAAGGGGGAGGAUCCUUUAUAGGAUUGGUCCUGAUCCAUGGAUAAUAUAAUCGUGACUCUGAUAGUUAGACACCUGCUUAGUGCUCUUAUCUUGUUUCUCACUAUCCUGCAAGGUGGGUAUUCUCAUUUCACAGCUAAAGAGAUGGGUUCAGAGCAGUUUCAGUGAUUAAUGGCAGUAAGGAUUUAAACCUAGUGCUAUUUGGCUGCAAACCCCCUGCUCCCUUUCCACCAAAUUGUUGGUUCUCCUACCUUUCCUCCUCCUCUGCACUACAAGCCAUCCUCGGAUCUCACCCCGCUGUGCAGUGCCCAAGAGGAUGCAUGAGAUACAGCUCAGGGUAAGAGCUCUUCUGGGCUCCAGCUAAAGACCUCUUGGGAAAACUACUGGGAAGCCCUGUUCUGAGUGCAGAGUGCUGGGAGGAGCUGUGGGGAAAUGGAGUUCUAGACCCUAGUGCAUUAUUUGUGUGUCCUUGAAUGGGCCCCAUAAUUUCUCCCAGCACACGUCUGCACCUAUGAGAUUGAAGAUUCAGUUCUAGAUAAUAACUAAGAACAUUGAUUCAUGUUCUGCUGCUUCCCUUUCCCCCAAGGAAGAGAUCUAGGCUCCUUCCCUCACUUACCUAGAUUAGGGCUGUUCGGGCUCAAAUUCUACUCGCAGCUGAGGAAACUUACCUGCUCUGUUGCUUACUCCUGUGCUGGCCAGCAGUGUAGAGGCAGACACGCCAAGGGAAGGUGGGCCUUUGGGCCUGAAUGGAGGUCAGCCAUAUUGCAGGCUCCCAUUUUUAUACCAGCAGGUACACAGGAAACUACUCUUUUGUGAAGUCAAAUAUUUGUUGGGGGGUUGGAGUUCGGGGGAGGGAGGGGGGCUGUUCUGGGCAUCAGUUGAGCAGAUGCCCAGGAUGCCUGGGGGAGACCAGCUUCCCGUACAAAUCAGAGCUCUAAAUUACAAGGUUUUUACCAACGCGAACAGUUGGGGGAAGUCGUCUGCUCUCAUUUGCGUAAUGGUUUCUGUCACUGGUGAUUAGACACAGGAUGAAGGAAAAGAAAUUUGACAAUUAGGAAUGAGCGAUCAUUAAUCUGAAUCUGUUAGGAGACAGAGAGGGGAAGGAUCCUUAUCGGUGGGCCAGCCCAGUGUGGGGAGGCCCUCCCUCUGCCCCCACCAGAGACUCUUGGGCCACGUACCCUUUCGUUGUUCCCACAAGCCGACUGAGCUGAUAUUUCUUGACAGGCUAGGUGGGCCCAGUCCCCAGCCUGAGGUGGAUACAGGAAUGGACACGUAUAGGCACGAGCCAUCAGAGAGAGAGAGAUGGGUGUCAAUUGCAAGUGAUAGGGCAAAGGAUAACGACAGAAUAGUUGUGACAUGCUUGCUGUUUGUGGAAAAAUUUUUUAAUUCAACACCCCAGAUACCCGUCUUGUGACAAGUAUUUGUUAUAUUCUAACACUACAGGGUGUGGAGGAAACCUAGUUUUUAUCCUGCAGGAGCUUCUACUUAGUUGGAGGGGAAACCACAUGAAACAACCAGCGGUUAUGAAGCCAUGAAUCGUGCGCCCUGUGAGGACAAGAUGAGAGAUUGUUGAGAGAUGAGGAAGAUCAGUAGAGAGCAAACCUCUGGGCUCCCCAGGGAGUAAUGUUGAUUCUUCCCAGUCAGUUCAGCCAUAGUAGUUGCGUGGAGGGCACUGAGGCCCCACCCAGAUACGUGAACAGGUAAUGAGAUCACCUCCAAUGGGCUGAGUUGUAAGGUGUGGAGAGUCCCAACCUGGAUCUUCCCAGGUCUCUGUGGUACCUGUGUUCAUUCUUCCUCUGUCUUCAAACUUCAGGGACUGUAUUAAUUUGCACUAGUUGGUAUUUGUUCCUCAGUUUUGUGACUUGUAUGUGGUGGGUUCCUUAGAUUAGAAGCUCCCUCAAAGAUUGGGGAAAAGGGUGGUUCCUUGUCUCCUGUCAGAAUGUGAACUUCGCAGACAGGACUGUUUCUCUUCCUUGAUAAGUUCCCUACCUCUGUGGCUUCUACCCUUCCAGAUCGGAUGCAGAGUUUAGUAGGGCUGCAGGGAAUGGCCCUCAGUGACUGGUUUUACCCAAAUAGGAUGGAUGCCGGGGUGCACUGAGAAGUGGCUCAUGGGGUUCCAGGGGCCCUGGCCUUUCAAGCCUGUUCUUGUCCUUCCCUGGGACCUUCGGUGCUCGUUCUCCAGUCCCUGCUGACUUCUCUGGUGUCCUCUCAAGCUUCCUGCAUUGAAGAGAUGUUCCAGUUUCCCUUUUCAGGGCUCCUCCAGUUUCUCCUACUCAGCCUCCCUCUGUCCAGUCUCCACCAAGGGCCUUUUUCUUGAACGGGCGUUGCCCUCUCUUCAAAAGCCACGUCCAUGGCUGCAAGUGUUGGGAUAGAGUUUCUCUAGGAUCCCUCUCCCUGGGAUCAGCCCUGAGCAUGUUUGAGUCAUCUUCUCUUCUGACCUGCAGUUAGUCUGUUUGUUCUGUGCCUACUCUGCCCACGUAGCAUUCCUUUGUUUGUUCUGUGUAGCCUGUUUAGCUUUUCUAACUCUGGUGGCUCUUCUGCUAGUCUUCAGCCGUCUGUUUAAUCCUCACAGGUCUUGGGGUCCUUAGUGGAGACUGAGCACUUUUGGUGCGUUUUUAGGGGACGAGGCCUUAGACACUAGCAACCGUGAGGCCUGAGGAUCUAUGGCCAGUGGUGCCCCCAAAGAUGGGUGAGGGGAGGGUACCCAGAGUCUUGGAUAACGGAGAAUCAUGAGGAGGGAUUGGGUAGGAGGAUCCCCAGGAGUGGGGCCAGGCCUGGCAAGCCAGGGUGGAAGAAGCAGAGUUUUGUGUUUCCCUCUGAAUGCAUCUGUGUGCCUUACGGUCCAGCAAGCAGUUCAGGGAUUGUGGUCAUCUUGUGGAUGUCUCCUGGUCUGUGGUGUCUUUGGCGAUGCUCUGAGUCACCAAGUUUGGCUGAUCUCCGCAUUUCAGCACUUGCUGGGACGGAAACAGCAUGUUGAGUAGUUUUGUGUCUGGAGCGAAGGUCUUAGAUGAGACAAGCCACGGAAGCUGGGAUAGCAGGUGAGGGACCAGUGGUCAGCUUACCCAGAUUGUCUUUCCACUCCUCCAAGUGUUUAGGCACAAAAACUGAUUAAAGAAGUGAAAAAAACUAGGCCUUGCCUUCUUCCCCACCCGAAGUCUGGGUUUUAGGUAGUAUUUUGGGAAGGGGCAUGUGUCCCUACCUUCCAAUAGAAACAACCUAGCAUAGUGUUUUAAAGCAUGGAUUUUGGAGUCAGAUGUGUUUGGUUCUGGUUCAGAUUUCUAGCUUUGCCACUUAUCAGCCAGGUUUGACCUUGUUGAUUGACUACCUCUCUGAGCCUCCGUUUCCUCAAUUACAAUAAUAUGUGUGGGGGGCGAGGGGGAGUGUUGAAAAUAUCUACCUCAGGGUUGUUGGAUUAACUGAAAUGAUGUUUGUAAAGCUUUAGCACAUACCUGGCAAGCGCUUAAUAAAUGGCUGUGGUGGUGGUGGUUACGUUUAUUAUGUGACUUAUUCAGAAACUUUAUUUCAGUGAUUUGUGAGCAGAUUUCCAGUGAUUUUUUUUUUUUUUUCUCUCUCAAGAAAACCAUAGGAAAGAACAAGGAACAUGCCCUGGAGACACCCACAUCGAGUCGCAGGCAGACAGAAGGGCUUUGGUACCCAAACCUGUCCUAGAAGGAGGGAAACAGGGAAAUGCCUGAUGCCUUCUGUCUAGACAGCCAGACUUUACCACUCUCAACAUCAGCCCAAGGCCAGGGUGAGAAGUCAUCAGGUAUGAGCUCUCCUUACGCUAUGUGAGGAGUGAGGGCAUCUGAAAGAGUUUCCAUCACCCCUGUAGAAGCUCUUGCCAGUUUCCUACUGUGAGACACCAAGGUAGUCAAGUCCGACCUCCUUGGUUCAGUUUUAUUCCAUGCCCUUCACUGUAUUUAAAUUAUAUGUGUAUUAAGAUAGCUCUGGGGUAGAGUGGCUUUUAGAAGAGAAUCCAGAAAAAUAUCAGACUAGAAUCUUAACAGCUACCAUUUGUGGAGUGCCCUGGAGCAUUUCUGUUCCAGACCCGGUGCUAGUUUGUGCCUGUGUGCUCUCAGUUCAGUGGGGGCACGAACCAGGCAGUUAACAUUACAGAUGUGCAAAGGAGAAGCUAGGUGUUCACAGCAGGCUUCCUGCAGGAAGUAACAUAUAGGCUAAGCCGAUAUCUAGAAGUUAACCAGAGGUUAGGGAGUAGCGAAAGGCAUACUUUUCUUCUCUGGCUUCUCUCCCAGUUCCCAAACAAACCCUCUGCUGCUCCUCCAUGUUUAAGGGUUCUGUUAAUAACACCUAGAAAGGAGCCAGGUGAUGGACCCUAAAAGAAGAAACCUUUUGGUUAGCCACAGAAAUCUUUGGAAAUCAUUUUGGUGGCUGGCCCAAGUUUGUCCUGGAGUACAGAUGGAUUGGACUUGCUCCCUUGUAACCUUUCCACUGUCCUCUUUCUCAGAAAUCUGUCUGCAUUCUGGCCUCUGGAGCCACUCUGCCACCCUACUUGGAAGAGAUGCUGGAUACUCAGAAGUCAGCCCGAGGUAUAUUCUGGCUGCCUGGAAUUCUCAGCUUCUUCCACACUGACAUCCUCCUGAUUUCUUAGGUUUUGUCUCCCACUUUGAGCCACUCCCUUCCUCCCCGCUAUGAGCUGAGCCUCUCUGUAGUGCCCCCUCUGUAGCCAUACACAACCUCUUGCCUCUAACCUUGGUCCCCAGCCCCAUGGGUGAAGAAGACCACUCUCUAGCUUGUGCCAAGUCAUUCCUGGACUAUAGGCCAUUCUGUAGUCGCUUUGCAUUCACCUCUUCACUUCUAGAUUUCUUUGGCUCCGGGCCCUGAAAGCCUUCUCUUUGGUCCUUAAGGGCAGCUCUACUCCUUAACCCAAAAUGUAAGCUAUAUCUGGGCUAGGUUUUUAUUACCUCUCCAAUAUAAAGUGUAUAAUGCAACAUAGGGUAGUGAUUGAGAAUGAGGGCUCUGCAUACCUGACUUUGAAUCCUAGAUCUGUCAUUCUAUAUGACCUUGGGCAAAAUGACAGACUGCUUGUAACUCCUUCAUAUAUAUGGGGAUAACUACUACGUUGUCAAGGCUGUAUGAAAUACGGUUUGUAAAGAAAGGCUUAGCAGAGUGACUAUUUGAUAGCAAGCCUCAGCCCUUCUGUCUUUCAAAGGCUUCACCUCUUCCUCAUCUAGCUUUCCAACAGGUCCUGCUUCCAGUCUCAGGGUAAGUCUAGUUGUCAACUCAUGAGCAGAGCAGAGAUAUGAACUUUCCUGCUUAUGUUAUGAGUCCCUGCCCCUUCUCGGUGACCUGAUUCACAGGACCCUAUCACACCACCAUCACUGGGAAAUGGUCUUCCAGAAUCUCUCUUCUAUAAUAUUAAAACAAUGGCAGUGACAGCAGAAAACAUCAGAACUGCUGCCAAGGGGUAAGAGGCACUGAAGGUGUGUGCAAGCUGGAGGCAUAACAGGCAGGGACUUUGAGGCAAGGAGAUUGGUGCAGAGGCCACCAUACUAGUUGAAAGGCAGCAGGACCAUGGACUUAAGGUUCCCUUUAAGUUUUCAAAUAGCUUUUGACAGUGGUGUUUGAGCAACAUCCUACCCACUUUAUAGUCAGUGUGUGGUCCUUGAUCUCACAAGGGUUUGUGUGAUGUCUUAAUAAGAAUAGAGGCAUUAGAUGUGCCUCCCGGGUUUGAAAUCCCUAUUUGCUGCUUCCCGCUUCCAUCCUUAGGUGAGUUGAGGGUUCUGGGUCUUGGCUGCUUCACCUGUGAGGGCUGGGAAAUAGCACAUGGCUUGCAAUAUUGUUACACGAGUACGUGGGAAUGUUGUAAAAAUACCCAGUUCAGUGUAGGCACUUAGGAAGUGGUUUAUUAUGAAGACCCGAGUGUCUUUGAACAGUGUUCAGUUAGUAUUUGGAGAGAAGGAAACUGCCGGCAGCAGGGCCUUUUGGAUCCUACUGACUCAGGAUACCACGCCUGAAGCAGAAUCUCACAGGAGAUGGCUUGGUGGAAGAGCAAAAUGGAAAAGAUCAUAAAGCUUUGGAAGAGCCUGAAUGUCUGUGAGAGGAAGGGCUGGGGACAAAGGUGGUUUUGCCAGGAUGGGGUCUUGGGGAACAGAAGCAGAGACCUAAGCUCUAGUUUACCACCUAAUUCCCAGAAGGAGAGAGGAAAUGGGACAGGAGAGUGUCUGUGGAGGACACUGGCUGAGUGAAAAGAAAACAAGAUUCAAGGGCAGUGAACCUACAUGUAGAUGUACUUUUCACAGGCUGGUUGACUUUGGGCAUGUUUGUGUCUAUGCUUCAGUCUUCAUAUUUAAAAUUGGCUAAUACUGCUACUACCUUGCUUACAGUAUAGAUGGGACAGUUUACAUGAAAAUGCGGUCUAAACAGAGUACUAUGUGUUUGUUGUUGGGUGGUUGUUGGGGUGAGGGUCUAGGAGAACGUUUCCAGAAUGGAUGAGUUACAGAAUUGCAACAGUUCACAGAUUAGAGCCUCCCACGUUUUCAGGAGGAAGUAGUAAAGCAGCGUUUCCCACCAGUACACUGUUCUUUCAUCCUGCCAAUGUUUGACUAGGAAGGAUUUUGAUUAAAGAAGAAAAAGCAGUGUGGUGAGAAAGGGCAGUUUUGGAGUUGGCAUGGACUCAGUUUGAAUCUUGGUUUUACCAUUCCCAGCAUUGAGAUGGUCAGAUAACUUACCAUCUCUGAGUUUUGGUUUCUUAACAGGCCUCUUCAUGUGGCUGUUGGGAAUGAAUGAGCUGCCUCACUGCCUAGUGCCUAUCUAGUAAGUGCCCAGUAAAUGUUUGUUCCCUUUCUUUCACUUCUUUUCCCCUUAGACAAGAAAGCUUCAGUUUACCCAGCAUAAAAGGGUCUCAGUUAUCCAUACCUUAAUAGGAACAAGUAAUACCAGAUUUCUAGGGUGAGAUCAGUUGCCCUUUAAGGCAAGAAAAAGGCAAGGGAAGAAUUGUGGAGAAGGGGGCACAAUCCCACAGUGUUGGGGGUGCAGUACAGGGACUCUCAUUAUUGAGUUAGUACAGGGGUGGGUGAACAAAGGGUGACGUUGAGAGGUGAGAAUUUCAAGAAAGAAGGUGGGUGCUGGGGCGCUUGGUUGGCUCAGUCGGUUAAGUGUCUGACUUCGGCUCAGGUCAUGAUCUUGCAGUUUGUGAGUUCGAUCCCCGCAUCAGGCUCUGUGCUGAUAGCUGGGAGCCUGGAGCCUUCUUCGGAUUCUGUGUCUCCCUCUCUUUCUGCCCCUCCCUGCUCACACUCUGUCUCUCUCUCCCUCAAAAUAAAUAUUAAAACAUAUUAAAAAAAAAAAAAAAAGGUGGGUGCUGACUGCUAGAGGGAAAGCCAUUCGAGCAGAGGCUGUAUGGAGUGGAGGACAGAGUGAACCAAGGGUGAGAAGACCAGAGUUCUGCCAGGAGAAUCUUAGGAAUAGUGACUAAAAGUCAAAGUUAUGAAGAUGUCUUGCCUUCAACCAGCUAUCAUUUUAAUACCUGUAAGAGUUGUGGUCCUCUCAGAAAGGAAGAAUAUAAAAAGAAAGCAGUUAUCCUCAAGAUGGAAAGACAUGUUGUUUUUUAAGUAAUCUUUAUGACCAACGUGGGGCUUGAACUCACAACCCUGAGAUCAAGAGUCACAUGCUCUACUGAGUGAACCAGCCAGCUGCCUCAAGAUGGAAAGACUUCUAGAUGUUUUUAGAGCCAAGGAUAUGCAUUACCCCAACCAGGGUAUAUGGUAGCCCAGUUGGGGUUCUGGUCUUCUAUGAGAAAAUGCAGUUACGUACUGAAGAGCAUAGAACUCAGGGAUGAUUUGAGUGGCCACCUCUUUAAAUAAUGGAGGUUCUUUGGUAGGGCUUUCCAGAGGCUACAAGUAGGACUUUCUGGGUCCCAUCUUACAAUUCAGUCACUGGUCCAACCAGAGUUUCUGGUUUACACGUUCAGCCAUCUGAGAAGGUGACCUCAAAACUAUAUGGGGCAGCAUCAGUUGCCUCUUUGAUAGGUAGGCACGCAUCUUUUAGCACUGGAGGACUUAGAAUGAAGGAUAGUAGUGUUUAAUUAAGAACAUCAAAGCCACAGCAUUACUACAUUUGCUUUUAAGGAAUCUAUACUUUUUUUUUUUUUUUAAGUUUAUUUAUUUUGAGAGAGAGCAGGCCAGCAGGGGAGGGGCAAAGAGAGUGGGAGAGAAAGAAUCACAAGCAGCCUCCGAGCAUUCGGCACAGAGCCUGUUGCAGGGCUCCAUCUCACAAUCGCAAGAUUGUGACCUGAGCCGAAAUCUAUAGUCAGACGCUUAACGACUGAGCUACAGAGGUACCCCUGUGCCAUUUGUAUUAAAGACUGUUGAGUAAUUUAUUUAGGCUUGAAUCUUAUGUUGAAAUCUUGCUAAGUUUCUAUAUAGUUUUGGAACAUUUUAAAUGAUUUAAGAUUUGCUAUAUUUAUAAACUUAAUUUAUUGGAGACAUAAUAAGUAUUUGGGAAGGUUUAUUUCAGUCAGAUAAAUGAAGUACUUGAGGAAAUCAAAUACAUUAGCCUUCCAUUAAACCAAACUCCUUUGUUUUAUAAGCAGAACUAAGGUUUAUGUAACUCUGAAAGUUGAAUAUACCUUUUAAAACUAACAUCUUAAAACUAAUAUUCUCUACACAAAAGUCACCCACAUGGAUAUCAGAAAACUCAGGGAAUGUAGUAUUACCACAAAGCCAAGUCUUUAGCCUCUCCAAGUACCAGGUAACUGGCAGCAGUUAAUAUGGCCAACAUGGGUCAAAUCAGAAAUCCAGACAUGUUUUUUUAAAGUUUUUUUAAUUAGCAUUUAAAAUCAAUUUCCAUCUAAAAAGCCAGAUUUUGGCCUGUCUGGAAAAUCAAAAGAUCUGACAAUAAAAUUUAUAGGACAAUUGGCUGGAGCCGAGUAGCCACCACUCUUUUGGGGGUGUUCCUUCCAGUUUGCUAUAGUCACUGUGUCUCUGGUUUGUCUGGUUUAUCCCUAGUUUGUCUCAUUUCUGUGACCUGUCUGGCCCCAUAGAUUUUUAAGCGUGUGACCCCUGAACUAGAGGUUCUGAGGUUUCCAACAUCUGGUUCAUAGCCUUGGGUAAGGGCUCAGGAAGAGUGCAGGCCCCAACCUCCUCUCUGUUCUUGUCUGCACUCCAGCUAGGCUGUCUUCCCACCUGGAUUGGUCCCAGGACGGGAUUCAGCCCCUCUAGGAAAUAUGUGAGAAAUUUCCAGGCUCAGACUUCCCUGUUUUGCUGCUCUUUUCUAUGACCAGACCAGUUCCAGGUCUUUUCUUGCCCAGACGUUUUGCCUAGGCACUUAAAUCAUGUCUCAGUUCUUGUGAAUUUCCUGAUCACCUUUAUAAUUUGACCACAGCCUCACUUUGGUUUGGUGAGUGAGGGUUCCUCCCCCCCCCCCCCCCCCCCCCCCCCCCCCCCCCGCCCAACCCGGGUUCUCUGCUUUAGAUUAUACCUGCUCUCUCUAGCCUGAGGUAUGGAAGAUUACUGACAGUUCAGGAGACAUGAGAGGUGAGUUUUGGAUUUUCAAGAGAAAGAGGCAGAGGCCAACCAUAGUUUAGGGAGGCAACUAGUAACUUUUUAGAGGAGGGAGGCUACUGCAUAUAUGUGAAGGCAGAAGAGAAGACAGGAGAGAACUUAGGUGUGAGGAUAGGGUCUCAGAAGGCACAGGGUGAUAAGAUAGGAAAUGGCAAUAGUUGCUUAAACUCAGGGAGAUCCUGAAGCUCAGAAAUAUCUGCAGACACAAGAGAUACAGGAGGGAGCACCACUGGGGGCCUGUAAUCUCCUAAUGUUACAAUUAAAUAAAUAGCACUAUAUACUUUGGAAAGAGGGCAUAGUCAUGAUAUUGGGGUCACAGCCUGGGGCAAGAGAAAUUUCCACCAAUGCAGCUGAUAGCCUCUCACAGUAUCUGUAGACAUAGCAGAAACAUCUGAACCAAAUGGUCAUGUUGCUUGGUGAAGAGCCGGACCCAGUGAGGGCUGAUUAAUGGAUCCAUGUCCUCCUAGGCCAGAGGGAAGUCUCCAGCAGCAUGCUGUAGGGAUCAGUCUGGGCCUGUGUCCUGUCUGACAUUUUUAUUGACAACUGACCAAGGCAGCAGGUUCAUCAAGUUUGCAGGUGAUAGAGCUGGGAGGGGCAGCUAAUACUUUGCAUGAGAGAGUCAGGAUUCAAAAUGAUUUCAACAGGCUGGAACACUGGGCUGGAACCAACAAGAUUAAAUUUAACAGGGAUAAAUGUAGAGUCCUGCACUUAGGUUAAAACAAAAUCAAUGACAUAAGUACUGGGCAGGGGGCGGGCCCAGCUUGACAGCAGUUCAUGAAAAAAGACCUGGUGGGGGGGGGGGGCGGUUAGUUGACUGCAAACUCAAUAGGAGUCAACCAUGUGAUGUGACUGCUAAAACCUCUAAUACAGUCACGAAUUGCAUUAACCAAAAAGCAGCCAGAUCAAGGAAGGCCAUCACUCCACUGCUUUCUCAGAUUGUCAGGCCACCUCUGGAAUACUGGGUCCUCUUUUCUAAAGGAGGUCAGUGACAAAUGAGAAUAUUUUGACAAGCAGCCAGCAUGGCCAUGGGCCUGACUACUGCCAGAAACUUUCUAGAAACUCAGGUGCUGAGCUUCAGGGAUGAAGAGCAGGGGUGUAUCAGAACCCAAACAAAGAUACAAAGUGUAUCUCGAGCACUUCUCUGGAGGUUGGGAAAAAAUCUGGGAGUCUGCUUUCCUCCCAUCCUGUGGGUACCCACAGACACUGGCCUGUGAGUCUCAUCACAGGCCUUUCUUAGUCGGAGGACUAAGGGUUACUUCGAUGGGGUCUAGAAUGGGGAUCAGCAUGGGAGUAAGUAGGAAAUGGAGUAGUGAAGUGGGAAGGAAGCUGCACAUUUGCAUCUCCAGCACCUCCUUUCAUCGUUCUCCCCCGGGAUGUGCAGUCCCCAUUUUGGUCACAACGUGGCGCCCUCGCUCCACAUGGAUCCUGAGCCAAUGGCGAGAGCGGAGCGGGUGGCCUGGCUGCAGCUGCACCUGCACUUUCCGCACUCCCCACUAUGGGGAGCCCACGGGGGGCACUCAGCUUAGUCGUGUUUGACUUGGGACUUCUGUGUGGCCAAGAAGACGACUGAGGUGAGGAAAAGCUUGCCCGUGGCACAAACGUGUGGGAUCCAGAUGUGGCUCCUAUUACGGCCACAUACUGCAACGUGAGCUACUCCGCACAUGACCUCUUGUCUGCCCUGGCACGGAGCACAAGCUGCAGAGGGCUGCUUCUAUGGCAGGAGGGUUCCUGGGACACCAAGGACUCCAUCACAGUGGGAUCAGGGGUGAACCCAAAUCCCCCAUAGUGACUGGCUGUGUUACUGUCACCAACUUACCUAAGCUUUAUAUGUCUUGGGUUCCUUAACUGAAGUAGAAUAACAAUGCCAAGUUCAAGGAGUUGUUAAGAUUGAAUGAGGCAUCUGGGGCAAUGAUUCUGAACUGGUGUAGGAAUCAUCAGACAAGAUUGUAAAUGUGAUUUCUGACCCCACCACCAGUCAUUUAGUAGUUCUGGAUGGAGCCCAGGAACCUGUUUUUCUAGCCAGUUCCCAGGUGAUUCUGAUGUUCAUGGUUCUCUGACCACAUUUUGAGAAAUUGACCUAGGACACAGAAGGUGACCUAGUUAAUAUGCAUUAGUUCUUGGAGCCUGUAGGAGGGACAAUGGGGAUCAUCGGGCUGGGCUCACAAGAGUACACAGGCUUGCUCUCCAGAUAACUGUAGCCUUGAUGGAGAAGGAAGAUGGGUCUGGAGAUGGGGAUAUGAUAUUAAAGCUCAAAAUGGAUGUUUGAGAACUGAGAAGAUUGGGUAUACUGAGGGCUAUAGAGGAAUUGGAGUGCUGGCACUAGGGCUGGGGGCCACUUGAUGGGGUGUUGGUGUAUUGGAGCACUGGGUGUAAUGUGUUGAAGGGAAUGGGGUUAGAGUGUACUGGGAGGGGAAGAAGCUGAGAGGUUGAGGUGGAGUACAUUGACGUUUUCUUGGAGGACUGGAGAUUGAGGUUUGUUCUAUCAUGAUGGGGCCAAGAAGACAUAAUGAUGGAGACUGCGAUGCUCAGUGAAGCCCCGUGGGGGCAGCCAUGCUUUGUGAUUUGUGAUGAGGCAUUGAGCUCAGCCUUCUAACUUUUUUUUUUUGGAGUAAGAGGGGAGGAGGAUGCUCCUUAAGAGCUUCUGGGGGAACUUUCUUGCCCCCAGAGGGCAUACGGGUGUGUGUGUGUGUGUGUGUGUGUGUGUGUGUGUGUGUGUGUGUGUGUAGGAGGAGGUUAGCUUAUGUAAUGAGAUUUUUCAAAAGUUCCUUUCUGGAUUUCAUGACUGACUUGAAAGGAGUCAGUCCCCAGGACACACUCAUCUCCUCUACCUACACACACAAUAACAUUUGACCUGUGUAAUUUCUCUUGGGGCUCAACUCCCCAAAAGGGGGCACUCUUGUCAGCAGCUCGCGAGCAUGUGGAUGUCUGCCAACUGAAAACACCUUCCGGAAACUCUGAAGACCUUCCCAGAGGAACAUUCUAGAAAGAAUCCUCAAAUUCAAAUCCUUGAACACUGGAGCUGGAAGAGAACUUAGAUACCAUCUGAUGCAGUCUCCCUCAGCUUGGUCCUGAGGGAUAGACACCUGUUGCGGAUACUCUGCUUUCUAAGCUGCUGGGGACCCCAGAAGCUGACGUGGGAGAUGAGACUCACAGUGAAAAGGGAGACUCAGUAGAGUAGGGUUGUGGGUUCUGCCAGUAAACACCUAGGUCAGAGGGGGAUGAACACCUACAAAAGAAGGUUCCCUAGAGCAGGGUGGCUAGGCCGCACUUUAAAAUGGGUAGGAUUUAUUUUUAGUUAUUUUUCUUCUAUAAUUUUAUGAAAAAAAAAUACUGGAUUAGAGGGUGGGACAUGUUCUGCCACAGAGGAGCAAAGCUACAGAGGCCUAGAUCCAUCUAAGGUUUGGGGGACAAUAAAGAGGCCACAUGGUUAGAGGUUACUGAUCACUGCUGGGCAGAGUGAGAAGGGCAGGAAGGUCUGGGUGCAGCAGGAGGUAUGAGGCUGGAGGCCAGAGGAAAGGAACUGGAUUGGGCUCAUUGUAGGGACACUGAGGAUCGAGUCUAAAGAAUCAAAUGAGAGUACCCAAGGAGAUAGAAGAGGGCUACAGGGACAGGUGUGAACAUGCCAAAGAAGCACUUCCCAGGGCAUCAAAAAUUUAACCAAGAGAGUAGAGGCAGACAUGGGGUGAUCACAGGCUUGAACUCUGAAGAGUUUGGAAUAGGAGGUGGGGGUAAGGAAGGUCAUUAGAGUCGGUGAUUAAGAAGUCAGCAGAAUGGUAGGGGCCAAAGUGAGUUGGUGGAGAAGAGAUACGGGCAGCAAGGUAGAUUAUAUAGGCUAUCCUUUGAAAAGCUACAGUGAAGCUUUGUUAGAGGUAGAGAAACAGAUUUGUGGACAGAGGAGAAGAAGCCAUUGGAGAGGAAGAGGCUGGCGUCACUAGAAAGACGACACCAGGAAGAACCAGUUAUAGAAGGGAAAGGAAAGACAUGGAAACAGCCUAAAAGGUCAAAGCCUCAGAUGGGAAGGGGUGAGGUGAGGAACUCCACUUGGACCCAGGCUUUGAUCUAAAAAUAGUCAUGAUUGAGGUCAGCUUAUUCAAGUAAAGGUUCCUGGGGUGGGGCUGGGCUGGAGGAACAUAGAAGAAGGCAAUGGUGGAAUCAAAGGAGUAGUCUAACGUCUAACAUACUGCCCAUUGGUGCCAGGACACAGUGGAGCUGGGCUGGGGUUUGUCUUGGACAGGGUCUGAGGCUGUGCCUUUGGGAGCAGGAGGGAGCAAGCCAGUCACAGUGUAACCAUAUUACAACUGUGUCAGGACCCUAGAGGCCAGGACACCGUGAGGGCAGUGAGGGACCUUGCUAGGGGAACAGAGGGACAGCUGUCAGAUCCUGACCUACGGGGGCUUGAUGGAACAGCGGCAGCCAUACAAUGUGGGGGUCAAGGGCCUGGAUUCAAAUGUGAGGAGUUACUGUUACUCCUUGUAAGUGUCUGAGAUGGAUUCUGAGUGGAGAGAAAAAUGUAAGGAGAUGCAUAAAGGGAGCAUUGCUUUGUACUAAACACUGUUCUAUAUAAGUGAAUAUAAUCCUCACAAGCACACACCCCACCCCCCACCCCCCCACCCAUGAAUUAGGUGCUAUUAUUAUUACCACUUCACAAAUGAAGUUCAGAGAGGGAAAGUAGCUUGGCCAAGGUCACAUAGCCGGUUGGUGGCAGAAUUAGUAUUUGAAAGAUUUUUUUCUGACUCGAGUGUCUAUUUUCUGCUAUGCCUUUUUAUUAGCUGCUUACCAGGUAGGUGACCUUGGAUAAGUUACUUGAUUUCUCUCCUCACUUUCCUCAUAGAGAGUGCUACUUAAGGGGAUGCCAUUAAUUGGUAUUAUUUUAUUAUUGUCUUUGUCCCUUACUGCUUCUCAACAGAAACUGAAGACUUUGAGGAAAGUGAAGGAAGGUCUUGGGGCACAGGUCAUUUGGAGAGGGUCAGGUAGUGGGGGGAAGCUAAAAGAAUAGGAUCCAGCCAGUGGUUCUCAACCAGGGACAUUUUUGUUAUCAGAGUGGCCUGGAGGAGCUAUUGGGUUUUGGUGUUUUGGUAAGCAGGACCCAGGAGUGUUAACAGUGGGCAGUCACACCCCACUUGAGAACAUUCAGGAGAAACCCAUCUGGGAAGGAUGCUUUGAGGUUUAACUCAGAAGAGUAGCAGUGCCAGAGAUUGGAGCAGCUUGAGCAAGUGCCGGACGUUUGGAAUGAACUUAGAGAUAUGUAGGGGCCUGGGAAGGAUCAGACCCUGGCGGAAGCAAGGCUCCCCAGAGGGGAAGGUGGAGAGGUCUGCAAAGGUAGGCUGGGGCCAAACCCCUUACAGCCAGGCUAAGAGAUCUGGACACCGAGCCGGAGAGGUGGAGAGCUGUGGGGUUCUGGGUGAGAGGCAGGUUAUAUUUAGGAAGAUACUCGUGCAGCCAGGGAAGAGGUUAGGGAGAGUCUGGAGACUCGUUAGGGGAUUGAGGCCAAACAUUGGCAAGAAACAGCCAUGAGCUGGACGGAGUUUGGGGUUGGAGUAAGUGGAAACACUAAGGAAACUCCCAGCAUGAAGAUGCAUAAAUGGAGAGUGGCUGGGGCUGGAUCUGGCAGGCACUGAUCUGGGAGGGAAUUCUGGGAGAGGUGGGCUGGUUUGGGACCCACAUCUGGUGUUUGGGACAUGGUGAUUAUGGUGGAUUUAAGGUGAUGAUAAGUCAGGAGAGAGAUGUGAGGAGCCAGAGACACUGUUCGAAGUCAGGACUGAAGUACAGAUUUGGGAGUCAGUAAUCCACGUCUAUUGAGGGCCGUUCCUGUGGGGUUGCUGGUUGAAUUUGAAGUCCUACUUGCGGAUACAUUGGUCAUGGGAGAGGAUGUGAAGUGCUACAAUCUUCAGAUGGCCUGGCCCUUUCUGCACAUAAGGGAGGAAGAACUGCUGGGAGAGACGCCAGGACACUAGGAGGCCAAGAGCUUCCUGGAGGCCUCACUAGUGCCAGGCUCCACAGAGAAAAGGCCCAGGGUCUGACUGCUUUCAGAGCAAGUGACUUCAAGACAGCAGCAGGGUGGAGGGCAGAGUCAGGCAAUGGAGCCACUGAGGAAAGGGGGUGGUAGGUGAAGGUGGCUGGUGAGUUGGAGGUUUUGGAGUUCAAGAAGAGAGGGGCAGAACUGGGGUUCUGAAGGCAGGUUAAGAGGGUGUAUUUGAGAGACGCAGUGGUGAGGCUGAUGGAGGGGAAGAAACCAGAAAGGAGGUUCCUCUAUGACCUAAGGGGUUCCCAAGUAACUAUCCUCAACUUAGGUACAAAGUAAUGGAUUUUUCCAGACUCAAUCCUCUGGCCUUUCUCUGCAUACUCCCCAACCCCCAGUUUAGGCUAUUUCCUCUGUUCUUUCUCAAGAAACACAGAAGAAAACAGGGAGCCCAUGUCCCGUAACUAUUCUGAUUCAUCUGACUUUCCUACCCAGCCCUCCAGGCUCAGUGAUUUCCUGCGCCUUCAGUCUUCCCUUCCCCAGGAUACAGUUUGCUCCCAUUAGGUGACCUGACCAUAGAGUUUUUUCCUAUUUGGAAAACCCCAACGCGUGUGGGCUUUUCAGGAAGCUUGUAGACCACCCUGCACUCUGCUCCCCCUUCCCCCAUAAUCUUCUGCUACUCCCAUUCAGGCCAGACUUGCCCUUUAUUGACUGGUCAAGUUGAUCACCUGUCCUUCUGGGAAGUGGUGCCCUGAUCCCUCCCUCAUCAGCUCUCUGGUGUCUGUCACCAGAGUUAGAAAUCAGCACAAAAUGUUGAAAACUCUCUUCUCUAGGAUUCCUCCUCCAAUUGGGCUCAUUCAAUUCUUAUUGGUCUUUUCCUCUGUUGAUUCUGCAGGUGGGGUUCCACUUAGGUAACUUUGCAGCAUGUGCUCUGGUAUCUUACUGUUUUGGAACCAUUUUGCUUCUGUUGCAUUGUGAUAUUCUAGAAUGGAGCUAGAGAUCACCUAGUACAGAAAUUUUAAAGAAUAUAUUUUUUAAAGCUUAUUUGUUUAUAUUGACAGAGUAAAUGGAGGAGAGGCAGAGAGAGAGGGAGAGAGAGAAUUCCAGUCAGACUUCACACUGUCAGUGCAGAGCCCAACACAGGGCUCGAACUCACGGACUGUGAGAUCAUGACCUGAGUCGAAACCAAGUGAGACACUCAACCGACUGAGCCACCCAGGCGCCCCUCAAAGAAUAUUUUAAACUUCAGAUUCUUCAAUUCUGAAAAAACAUACACACAGCUAAAAGUAGAAGUGGCUUUUAUCAGCAAACUUGCUCACCGUUGCCCCAGCCUUUGCCCACAGCAGCUUUGGAUGCUCCUGAGAACCCCUAGAGUCCCACAGAACACAUUUUGAAAGUCUGAUGCCUUAAUUUAUAGGUGAAAAAACGGCCCAAAGAGAUGAAGGGACUUGCCCAAGGUCACACAACAAGAACAAAAACUCAGGAUUUUCUCAGAUCCCUCCCAGUUCUAGCAUUCUAGGACUUGUUAACUUCUAGCUGAGCUGUCUCUCUAGUGUUCUUUUAUGUUCUGUGUUGAUCAUUCAUUUACUUAGCAGAUGUUUAUUGAGCACCAACUGUGCACUGAGUACACAGGCCCUCUGGACUAUUAGAUACCAGUCCUGGUAGUGAAUGGAAGCAAAAGCAGUCACUGUCUGCCCUCAUAGGGCUUUCGGUCUAGUGCCAGGGGUAGAAAAACUACAUCUGUGGCAAGUACCACGAAGAAGAUCAACAGUGUGAAAAGGAGGACUUGUAAGUGGUUACCAGUCCAUUUGAGCUGCUCGAACAAAUAUACCAUAGACUGGGUGGCUCAUAAACAACAGAAAUUUAUUUCUCUCGGUUCCGGAGGCUGGGAAAUCUAAGAUCAAGGUACUAGCAGACUUGAUGUGUAGUGAGGACGCAAUUCCUGGAUCAUGGGAUGAUCAUUCUCACUGUGUCCUCACUUGGUGAAAGGAGAGAGGAGCUCUCGAGUCCCUUUUAUAGGGACACUAAUCCCAUUCAUGAGGGCUCUACCUUCAUGACCUAAUCACUUCUCAAAGGCCCCACCUCCAAAUACUACGACAUUGGGGAUUAGGUUUCAACAUAUGAAUUUGGGGGGGACACAGACAUUCAGUCUGUAGUAGCAUGUGAGAUUUAACCUAGUUGGAAAGUAACCUGGAGGCCAGAGCUAAAAGUAAACUGGGAGAAUAGAGAACCGAAGUGUUCCAGGUGGAGGGAGCAGCAUAUGCAAAGCCCUGUGGCCGGAGGGAGCGAAGUUGGUGGGGGAACAAGCGAGGCUAGAGCGUAGUGUGGGAGGCGGGAAUGUGGGCAGACAGGCGGCCGGCUCCGUAUACCAACAAGGGCUGUUAAAGAGUGCUGGGGCUUUAUUCAAGGAUUAGAUUGUUUCGAAAAGAUGUCUCCAGUUGUAAAAGGUAACUGAAUGCCCUGUCCCCAACCCUGUCUCAACUGACUUCCUUUCAUUGCAUCUCCUGUCUGUUUUUCUGACUUCAGUCACAUGCCGCUUGGGGUGUUCUCAGCAGGUCUAGUUUCCACUUUUUGUGGCAUAUGCCUUUCAGCUUGUAAGGUGUACAUGUGCAUUUGGUGUGUGAGUGUGUUGCUACUGUAUCAUUUAUUCAUUCAAUAAAUAUGAAGUUAUUAAGUGCUGCUA